AUGCAUCAGAUUUACAGCUGCAGUGACGAAAAUAUAGAAGUUUUCACCACUGUCAUUCCUUCCAAGGUGUCCAGUCCAGCCAGAAGAAGAGUCAAAAGCUCACAACACCUCCUGACCAAGAAUGUGAUCAUCGAGUCGGACCUAUACCCUUCCCGGCCCCUAGAGCUGCUGACACACUGCAGUGACCGCCGUGACAGUGAGGGCCGCAGGUUGGGCAGGCUCCAGAACUCAUGGCAGCAGGGACCCCACACUGCCAGGACCCCUGCCAGACCCGUGGGCAUUGCUGAACCCAAAUCAUCAAAUUUGUGUGGGAAUAGAGCCUAUGGAAAGUCUUUGAUUCCUCCAGUGGCCCGGAUCUCAGUGAAGGCGCCCGCAGCUGUCCUGGAGGUGGCAGCCUCCGGCUCAGAGAACAGAGCUGUUCUGACAAGAGGAUCCAGACAUCUCAAGAAGAUGACUGAAGAGUAUCCAACCCUUCCCCAGGGAGCAGAGGCCUCCCUGCCACUGACAGGAAGCGCGACCUGCGGCAUCCCCAGCAUCCUCCGAAAGAUGUGGAUGAGACAUAAGAAGAAGUCUGAAUAUGUGGGAGCUACCAACAGCGCCUUUGAGGCCGACUAA